AUGGCUUGGAGCGGAGUGCAUCGUGCUUUCGUUGUCGAGGAGUUUAUUAGAAAUAGGGAAUCUGUAAUAGCGACGCAGCGUGCCUUCCGUAAUCAGUUUGAUGUUGGUCGGCAUGGCGCGGUUCCGGAUGGAAUAACAAUUCGUCGGUGGGUCUUACACUUCAGGGAAACAGGUUCUGCGCUUAAACGAAAAUCUACUGGCCGACCAAGGAUAGUAAGACCACCGGAAAAUGUGAAUGCAGUAAGAGAUUCCGUACAACAGUCUCCAAGGCGUUCAGCUCGUAAGCAUGCAGCUGCUUUGGGAAUUUCCGAUAGAAGUGUUCGAAGAAUUUUACACAACUCACUCCAAAUGCAUCCGUACAAAAUGAUGGUAGUGCAGGAAUUAAGUGAAAGAUUUUGA